AUGUCUUCCGAGAACGAGAACAAUGCCCCUGUCACAGAGGUUGCGCAAGACUCCUGGGGCUCAAUGCCCAAGCGCAAGCCUGUCCCAACUGCCACUGCAGCAAUGGAGUCUGAAGAGGCAGCUUCUGGCCAAACGAGUCUGACAAAUGAUAAACCUGCAGCCUCGUCUACCAAGAAGACAUGGCUUCCUUCUACAUGGCUUCCUGCUGGUGGUCUCGGCCUCUGGUUCGCAUCACAGAAGCGAUCACGCAAAUUCCUCAUCAUCGGCAUCGGAGCUGGGAUUUUACUGAUCGCACUAAUUAUUGGCCUUGCCGUGGGCUUAACUGUGGGGAAAAAGUAUGCAAACCCUGGACUGAGCGAACUCCCUCUCCUUAUCAAUACCAAGGUAGAUACUGACUUUUCUAGACAUCCAAAUCUCCCACUUCCAACUGCCAACGGGGGCCCUUACGAAGGCGACCUGACUUACUACAACCCAGCCCUCGGAUCAUGUGGCUACACGAAUACAGACUCCGAUAUGAUCUGCGCAGUAUCGCAUAUCCUGUACGAUGCUGCCUCAACAGGCUCAAAUCCCAAUGCAAACCCGCUUUGCGGGCUGAAGAUCAGACUUCGUCGCAAUGGGGAGAGCGUGGACGUCAAGAUUGUCGAUCGUUGUGUUGGCUGUGCAGUGACUGAUCUGGAUGUCACUGAAGCGGUCUUCAAGAAGGUGGCCGACCUGGACCAGGGACGAGUUUCUGUCGAGUGGUCCUGGCUAGAGACGCCGCCGGUUUCCGUCUCGUGA